CCGAAAAAAUAGAAGAAAAUCAAGGCGGAGUUGUUUUAUGUUAUUCCCUUUUCAUUGAUAUAAUCAUCUCCAGAGGGGAAAUUUGAUAUUAACCAGAUUUAUUUUAAUAUAAAAGCUUGUUAUUGUGUUUAUUUGACUGCGUUUCUCUUUAAUCCCUGAGGUAAAUUCAACCAGCUGAGCUGUUGUACAGUUUGUGGCUGAAUCCCGAAUCCCUCCUUCCUCCCUUCGAAGUGCACUACAUUAGGGAGAGAUAGAGUGGUGUAGUCACCCUGUGUAGUUCACUACCUAGUGAAAGAGGAGAGAUUUGGGAUUGGGUCUCAGUAACCCUGGUGGAGCUGCUAACCCGUAAACACAGGCCCCUUUUUAAGAACCUGUAAGACCUUCUAAUGGAGUCAGCAGUGGUCCAACCAUGUUCCUGCAGAGAAGCUCCACAUACUCCUGCUGCUGUCUCACAGAGAGAAACAUCAAGAACAUCGAGCUUUGUGAGACACAUCAACCCUGUGGACCAACUGAAGCAUGUAAAGAAGGAUGAACCUGAGGAUGAAGGCUAUGGCUGUGGAGAAACACCAGGGUCUGUGGGACACAUUACCCCUGCAGAUAAACUGAAAUAUAUCAAAAAGGAAGAAGAUGAAGGUUAUUUCUGUGGAGAAACAUCAGGCUUGGGGGACACUGCAGUCCACCAGAGAGGAUUACAGAUCAAAUAUAUAAAAGAGGAAGAGUCUGACGAUGAAGACGUUCCCUGUACAACUGCAGUAUUGGGUGCAGGAGCAUCAGGGGCUGUGGGACACAUCACCCCUGCAGAUGAACUGAAAUCUAUGAAAAAGGAAGAAGAUGAAGAUGAUCUCUAUGGAGAAACAUCAGGCUCUGUGGACACUGCAGACCAACAGAGAGGAUUUCAGAUCAAAUAUAUAGAAGAGGAGGAGCCUAAAGAUGAAGACUUCCUCUGUACAACUGCAGUAUUGGAAAUGGAUGAUGGCCAGUCACAAGUCUUCACUUGCUCCUUGUGUUCGCUUUCCUAUACAUCUGAGAUUUACCUCCACAAACACACCAGGAGAUGUCACUUUGAGCAGUAUAAGAGACUGGUUCCAUCAGGAGAAAUGAGAUACGAGAAUCCGACACCCAGGAGCAGCUCUGAGGUUCCGCACACUAAAGUGUGUGGUUCUGUCAGCAGUAAGGCGUUCAGUCCAGCGCAGAAAGACGUCCAUCCUUGUUCAGAGUGCGGGAAAGUAUUUUCCGACCGCAGUAAUUUCCGACGGCAUCAGCGCAUUCACACGGGGAACAAGCCGUAUCAGUGCUUGCAGUGCGGCAAGAGUUUUUUUUAUCGGCAGGGACUCACGUCACACCAGCUGAUUCACACGGGAGAGAAACCGUACCAGUGCCUACAGUGUGGGAAGAGUUUCUCUCGGCAGGGGGAUCUCCAGAUACACCAGCGCAUUCACACCGGAGAGAAACCCUACCACUGCUCACAGUGCGGGAAGAGCUUCAAACGACAAAACCACCUCAAAGCUCACCAGGUCAUUCACAACGGAGUCAAACCGUACCACUGCUCGGUGUGCGGGAUGAGCUUUCAUCAGCAGAGUCAACUCUAUACACACCAGCGCAUUCACACUGAAGAGAAGCCGUAUCAGUGCUCGCAGUGCGGGAAGAGCUUUCACCGACAGAGUCAUCUCCAGGGACACCAACGCCUUCACACCGGACCAAAACAGCAUCAGUGUCCGGAGUGUGGGGAGAGUUUUAUUCAGAAAACUGAGCUCCGGACACACCAGUGUGUUCACACCGGAGAGACGCUCUCCUAUAUCUACCCAUGCUUGUAUUGUGAGAAGAGUUUUACUGGCCAUUCAAAUCUACGAAGACACCAGCGCAUUCACACUGAAGAGAAACUCCAUCACUGUUUGGAGUGUGGGAUGAGAUUCAAGCAACAAAGUCACCUCCGGACUCACCAGAGCAUUCACACUGGAGAGAAGCUGUAUCACUGCUCAGACUGUGGCAAGAGUUUCGGCCGUUCCAGUAGUCUGAAACAACACCAACGUGUUCAUACAGGGGAGAAGCCGUAUCGCUGUUCAGAAUGUGGGAAAAGUUUUGGCCAUUCCAGUAGUCUCCAACACCACCAACGUAUUCACACGGGAGAGAAGUCCUAUCAAUGCUCAGAGUGUGGGAAGAGUUUCGGUCGCCUCAGUAUCCUGAAACAACACCAACGCGUUCACACUGGAGAGAAACCGUACUACUGCUCAGAGUGUGGGAAAAGUUUUGGCCAUUCCGGCAGUCUUAAAGAACACCAGCGUGUUCACACGGGAGAGAGGCCUUACCAGUGCUCACAGUGUGGGAAGAGUUUUAACUGCCGGAGCACUUUAAAAGCACACCAGGUCACUCACACUGGAGAAAAGCCUCACCACUGCUCCCAGUGUGGAAUGACUUUUUCCCGUCACAGCAGUCUCCAACGACACCUUCGCCUUCACACAGGAGAGAAGCCCCAUCACUGUUCAGAGUGUGGGAAGAGUUUUUAUCGACACAGUGAUCUCCUGACUCAUAAGGCCAUUCACACAGGAGAAGUACCUUAGGGUCAUGCCGUUUGAAACUCGAACUUAAAUGCACAACAAAUAUGCAUUUAUUAUAAUGUAUUUUUAUUAUUGCAUCAACUCAGAUGAACUUUGUGAUUUUGCAGAGAGCAAUCUAAAUUCUGUCAAAUGCUAUAAAUGAGAAAAUAUAUAUCACACACUGCCUGUCCAAAAAAUAGUUUUACCAAUUGUUGUAAUUAGCUUUGAUUACCGCUGCACAAAGUCUUCUCCAGCACAUCCCAAGGAUUCUCUGUGGUGUUUAAUCCAUGUGUGAAAAUGAUCUUGUGCUCCCUAAACCACUUUCCUCUUUCAUGAUUUGAGCCUGAUGAAUCCUGGUGUUGUCAUCUUGGAAUCUGCCUGCACCAUCAGGGAAGAAAAAAAAUCCAUUGAUGGAGUAACCUGGUCAUUCAGUAUAUUCAGGUGGUCGGCUGACCUCAUUCUUUAAGGACAUAACGUUGCUGAACUGAGACCUGACCAAUGCAGCGACCCCAGAUCACAGCACUGCCCCCACAGGCUCGUACAGCAGGCACUAGGCAUGAUGGGUGCAUCAGUUUAUCUGCCUCUCUUCUUACCCUGAUGCACCAUCACGCUGGACUUAUCAGACCACAUGACCUUCUAUUGCUCCAGAGUCCAAUCUUUAUGCUCCCUAGCAAAUGAAAGCCUUUUUUCCCGAUUAUCCGCACUGAUGAGUGUUUUUCUUAAGGCUACACAGCUGUUUAGUCCCAAUCCCUUGAGUUCCCUUCACAUUGUACGUGUGGAAAUGUUCUUACUUUCACUAUUAAACACAGCUGUGAGCUCUACUGUUCUUUCCACUCUUUCAUUUCACCAAACAUUUAAGUGAUCACUGAUCACGAUCAUUCAAGAUUUCUUCCUGACCACACUUACUCCUCGAAGAUGCUGUUCCCCCACUACACUUUCAGUUUUUAAUAAUGUUCUGGACAUUUCUUAACCCAAUUUUACUAGUUUCAGUGGAUCUCCUUAGAUGU